AUGGGUAGGCGGCUCGGCGCCUUUCUCGUCUUUUCUGGCACACUGGCCGUGCUGAGCAGCUCGGUGAAUGCGGAUUUCAACUGCUCACAGGCGCCAGAUUCAGACAUGAAACAAACAUGUCAUAUGCUACAAGAAUGGGAUAGUGCCGCCAGAAAAGCGAUCAGAAAGCGUCAAGCGUUCCAAGCAGGUGCUCCAGGAGUUCAAGGAGGAUUCUCGCCAGCCAACCCGCCACGAUUUGCUCCAUCUGCACAGGGAUGCAUGAAUAUUGCGUGCAUUUGUCCGUAUAUGGGGGGUCGAAUGGCAAACGGAUGUAUUCUUCCAAAUGGGCAGCCAUAUUUGAUGUCGUAUAGAAAAGAAUACAGAAUGAUGAGCGACAACGAGCGUGUCCGCUGGCACAACGCCAUCAUGCAACUCAAGCGUUCUGGAGAGUACGAUCGUCUAUCAGUGAUGCACAGACAAGUGGGCUCCGCCUCCGGAGCACACUCGGGUCCAGGAUUCUUAGUCUGGCACCGAGAAUACAUGAAAAGAAUGGAAAUCGCAUUGAGAAUGAUUGAUCCGGGAAUUUCGAUGCCUUAUUGGGACAGUGUGCUGGAAUCAUAUUUGCCAGAUCCAAGAGAUUCGAUUAUGUUCGGACCAUUGUUCAUGGGAAUGACUGACGCAUCGGGACAACUGGUUAGCGGACCGUUUGCUGGAUUUAGGACACUUGAAGGACGUCCGAAUAUUAUUCGACGAAUGGCGACGGAGGGAAAAAUGUUCACUGAGCAGAAUAUUAACAAUUUGAUGGCACAGAAUGAUUUGGUCAGCGUGAUGGCGUUCACUGCGCCACAAACAGGUUGCCCAUUCCGGCCCUAUUUCGGAGCUCUCGAAUACACUCACGCCUCCAUUCAUCUCUGGAUGGGCGGAGACAUGAAACCACCAUCAACCUCCGCCAACGACCCAAUUUUUUUCCUCCAUCACACAUUUGUGGACUUUAUUUGGGAAAUGUGGCGUCAAAAUCAUCAGAAUCGAUUUGCCAGAGAAAAUCAAUACCCACCAGACAUCGGUGCAUGCGCCAACUCACAGCACUUCAGUUACGCUCAAAUGAGACCAUGGGAUAAGAUUAACCGAGAUGGACUCUCCAACGCCUACACCGACAAUCUCUACCACUACGCACCCCGCCCAACAUGCAACCGAAACAACGCCAACUGCGGAUCUCAAUACUUGUUCUGCGAUACACGGGGCAAUCCACACUGUGUCGCAAAAGUGAAGCCAGGAGGUUUGUGUCGUGGAUUCGAAGGUUUGGAUGCAUGCUACAUGGGGCAGUGUGUCGCCGGAUGGUGUCGAGAAGGACAACAAUUCCAGAAGCCCUCUCAAACUACAGCCGUUGCAAAUGUGCAACAGCCUCAAGCUCAACCCCAACAACAGCCAGCAAGACCAGCUGCUACUCCACAAUCUGUAAGACUCUUUUUGUGUGUCUGUGUGUCCAGAUGUCUGUUUUUUCAGAACUGCUACAACGAGGACCCAUGCUGUAACCAAUGGUCCAGACAAAACGAAUGUCGAACGAAUACAGUUUAUAUGAAUCGCUACUGCAGGAAGUCGUGUGGUUUAUGCCAGUCAAAUGAUAAUAAUCGAGGUUGUCACGACCGUCACGUCUCCUGCGCCUACUGGCGCGGUCAACAAUUCUGCACGCGACGUCGUCAAUGGAUGGCUGAGAACUGUCAAGCCUCUUGUGGAUGGUGUAACAUGAACGAAGCUCAAUUAUGUGCUUCGGUGGCACGACAAUCGAGAAGAGUCAGACGAAAUGCACAAUUCUGGCUCGCGGAGCAACAUGAGGAUGAUGGAAUGGUGGAUGAUUUUAUGCUGGAUUAUGGGCGAUGA